UCGCAGGCCAGCCAGACUUCCAUGCAGGGGCGAGGGGUGGGGGUGUGCUCUUCCCACAGUGCUCCUUUGAUGGAGUGCAAACACGUUUGUUUCCAAGUUGUGACCCGCCCUGCGUCCCCUACCUGGGCAUGUACCUCACCGACCUGGCCUUCAUCGAGGAGGGGACCCCCAAUUACACAGAGGACGGCCUGGUCAACUUCUCCAAGAUGCGGAUGAUAUCUCACAUCAUCCGGGAGAUUCGCCAGUUCCAGCAAACCGCGUACAAAAUAGAGCACCAGGCCAAGGUCACCCAGUAUCUGCUGGACCGGUCUGCGGUCCUGGAUGAGGAAAGUCUGUACGAAUCUUCCCUCCGCCUGGAACCCAAGCUCCCGACCUGAGGCGGCGCGGCCCGGGGCCCAGGACGCCGCCCGCUGCCCUGCGCUGUACAUAGCCCCUGGCGUCGCCGGCUCCCGCGAGUCCUCAGACCCGGCCUGCUCCUUAGAUUCCCGUAGAGCUGGAACGUGGACUUCUGCGCCCUCCUGCAGACUCUGCCCGCCACCCCCAAAG